AUGGAGGGCGGCGCAGGAAGAGGUUUGGAAUGCCAGAAGAUCAUGGAUGGGAAGGCGAAUGACGUGAAUGGUUCAGAGAAGGCUAUUCCUUCUUGUUGCUUUAAGGCUAGGGCUUCUGCCUCUGAGCUUGAUGCAAAAUGCCAUUCUACUGUUGUUUCUGGGUGGUUCUCAGAAUCUCAUUCUUGCUCUGGUAAAGCUAGCAAAAGGGUUUACUUCAACAACCCCAUGUGGCCUGGAGAAGCACAUACAUUGGAAGUGAAAGAGAUUUUAUACAAGGGAAAGUCAGAGUACCAAGAGGUCUUGGUUUUUGAGUCAACAUCAUACGGGAAAGUGCUUGUUCUUGAUGGUAUUGUUCAAUUGACUGAGAAAGAUGAAUGUGCAUACCAGGAGAUGAUCACUCAUCUUCCCCUUUGUUCAAUUCGAUCUCCCAAAAAUGUUUUGGUUGUUGGUGGUGGUGAUGGUGGUGUUCUUAGGGAAAUUUCUCGUCAUAGUUCUGCAGAGCAGAUAGAUAUAUGUGAAAUAGAUCAGAUGGUUAUAGAUGUGUCUAAGAAGUUUUUCCCACAAUUGUCUGUUGGAUUUGAGGAUCCCCGUGUCCGACUUCAUGUUGGUGAUGCUGUAGAAUUUCUCCAGUCAACUCCUAAAGGGAAGUAUGAUGCUAUCAUUGUUGAUUCAUCAGACCCUGUAGGUCCUGCGCAAGAGCUUGUUGAGAAGCCAUUUUUCGAGACAAUAGCUAGAGCAUUAAGGCCUGGCGGUGUCCUCUGUAACAUGGCAGAAAGUAUGUGGCUUCAUACACAUCUUAUUCAGGAUAUGAUCUCUAUUUGCCGUGAAACAUUUAAGGGUUCUGUUCAUUAUGCCUGGGCAAGUGUUCCAACAUAUCCAAGUGGUGUGAUCGGAUUUGUCCUGUGCUCAACAGAGGGCCCGCCUGUUGAUUUCUUGAAUCCUGUCAAUCCUAUCGAGAAGUUAGAAGGAGCUACCAAGCAUAAAAGAGAACUCAAGUACUAUAAUUCUGAGGUUCACUCAGCUGCCUUUGCAUUGCCAACAUUUUUAAGAAGGGAGGUGAGCUUACUCCGGGAUCAAGGGAGGUGA